GUGAUACUACAGAUGGAGAACACCAUGUUCAACAUGAUUGCCGCCAUUCUUCAGAAUGGAGUGAUGAUUUCUAUUGAGGAGAUGCUGUCGCUGAUGGACCUGUUCACUACGUCCUCAUGUCUCUCCUCAAAUGUGGAACUCCUCCCAUCAUCUACGACACCUUCUGCAGAGACGGAUUCGACUUUUCUCAGGUCCCACUCUUACUUCCUUCCUUCCUCGAGAUAUUUUACUGCUUGUACUUGA